ACCAAAUUUAUGGUCAUUUUGCAUCUCAACCCUAUUUUUUUUUUGAAAAUCAUGCAAAAAAAAUGAGGUGACAAGGUGUCCACUCAGCAAAAGAAUUUUUUUUUUCUUUAAAUACAAACAUAAUAUUUUCUUUUUGAGAGAUAAAAACAAACAUAAUUUUCUCUCAUUAGUUUCCACUUCAAAAGCUUUUCUCCUCUCUCAGACAUAAUAGAAGCAUUCUGAAGUAGUGAUCAUCAAGAAAUGGAAACCUUAUCAAGAAAUAUCACUAAGGGCAAGAAUAAUGUAGUUGUGGCUGCAAAGGGUGAUGAUGAUGAUCUUGAUGAGGUUGAAGAAAUAAUGAAAAGGGUUCAAAAGAAAGAACAUCCUACCAUUGAAGGUAACUCUUAUUGUUUCUACAAUGGAUUUUGGAUCUCAAAUAAUUUAUUCAAAGGAGUUAUCUCAUUUCAAAAACACUAUGUAGCAAAUGAUGAUGAUAUAGUCUUGGCUUCAUGUCCAAAAUCAGGUACUACAUGGCUAAAAGCUCUUACCUUUACAAUCAUAAAUCGCUCUCAUUUCACACUCUCUAAUACCCCUUUAUUAGUUUCUAAUCCACAUGAUCUUGUUCCUGAAAUAAGCCUCAUUGAUCUUCAUACUAUUGAUGAUUAUCAUCAUAAAAAUUCACCAAGACUCUUUAGCACACACAAUGCAUACUCACUUUUGCCACUUUCCCUUAAAAAUAACAACUCGAAAUGCAAAAUUGUCUACAUUUGUAGAAACCCUUUGGAUCUCUUUGUGUCCCUUUGGUAUUUUUCACAAAAGUUUUCAGGAGGCGAAAAAAUCAAACCCCAUAGCUUGGAUUUGUACUUCGACAACUUUUGUCAAGGAAUCCAUGCGUUCGGGCCAUUUUGGAACCAUGUUUUGGAGUUCUGGAAAGCAAGUCAAGAGAUGUCUCACAAAAUACUGUUUCUGAAAUACGAAGAUCUUAAGAAAGACAAUGUAUUUUUCGUUAAGAAAUUAGCUGACUUUUUGGAGUUCCCGUUUUCUUUGGAGGAAGAGCAACAAGGGAUGAUUGAAGAGAUUUCAAAAUUUUGUAGCAUUGAAAGAAUGAAAAGUUUUGAGAUAAACAAGGUUGGUAAGCAUGAUUCUUUGAGUAUACCAAAUAGUUCUUUCUUUAGAAAAGGUAAGGUGGGAGAUUGGAGGAACAUUCUCACUCCCCAAAUGGUUGACAAUGGGAAAAAGCUCAUCCAAGAAAAAUUUAGAGAUUCCAAUAUAUCUUUUGAUUUUGAAUAAUUCUGUUUGUGUUGUAAUUUUUGUGUGUAGUGUUUCAAUAACACAUUAUUAUAAAUGUGGAUCUCACAACUUUUUUAGUGUGCAAAGUUUAAUAAGUGAUUUGGAAUACAUAUGUGUUAAUGAAAUUUUC